AUGUCAGGCCAAGGCUGCAGUUCUGUUGGGUUCGGAGAGGCCCAAGAGCUUGGCCCAUUUCUCGUGACAAAUGGGCCCGACGGCCCGGCCCAGAGAUUCAACAACUUUACUUGGAACGAAGCCGCGAAUCUGUUGUUCCUCGAUUCACCCGUUGGUGUCGGGUUUUCGUACAACAAUGCCACCGUAGAGCAUGGCGACGACAAUACAGCUAGAGAUGCCCGUGCAUUUCUCCUAAAUUGGUUAAGAAGGUUUCCGCAGUACAGAAUGAGCGAUGUCUUCAUAGCAGGAGACGGCUAUGCAGGGCACUUGAAACAGCAGCUUGCCGAGGCAAUCUACAAUGGGAAUCAAAACGCAACUCCAGACACCUCUAUUAAUCUUAAAGGCGCGAUCGUAGGAAAUCCAAACAUGAAUGUCGAGACGGAUUUCAUGGGGAUGAUCGAUUAUGCAUGGGGGCAAGCACUGAUUUCAGACGAUCUCCACAGUUUAAUUGAGGCCAAAUGCGACUUCAGUAACAGAUAUUUGAUCAAAUACUGUUCUAUCCUACUUGACGAGUACAACAAACUGUACGAGAUAAUUAACAUGGAUAGUUUGUACUCCGCCACCUGUCCGCUUGAUCAACUCUUCGCCGGCCAUAACGUAGGCUACGACCCCUCAUGA